AUGCAUGCUCUGCUGCGCAAGGUUACCAACCGAGGACAGAUACGACAGAACGAUGGCAACGCCCUUUGGGAUUUAGCGAGGGACAUGAAGAAGUGCCAAAUAACCUUGUCCCAGCUUGGAUACAAUGCGGACAUGAACAGCUCAGAGAACCUACUUAAGGUUCAGCGUCUCUUGCCCGUUCAUCUACAAGCAGACUGGGCCAAGAAGGCACAGGUGACCAUCGAGUCCAAACGAGAACCAAGCUUCGCACAGAUGACGGAGUUUAUUGAGACGAAGGCGAAAACUGCCAGCAAUAUGUACGGACAGAAUAUCACCAAGACUUUCAGUCCGACCAGCGCAAGUCAUUCCUCACGCACCAAACCGAAGGCUUACCCGGCCAAGGUGACUGCGCUGUCAACUAGUGUGGGUGGUGACUAUCUUCAUGAAGCAAAGAAGGACAAGCAAGUCAAAUGUCUCUGCUGUUCCCAGCAACACAAAUUGGCAGAAUGCAAGACCUUCACACAGAAGUCAUAUGACGAGCGUCGUCAGUUUAUGAGAGAUAAUAAACUGUGCGACAACUGCUUCAUUCCAUGGCAUGUAGCCAGACGUUGCAGACUCAGCAGUCGUUGUGGGAUUGAUGGAUGCACGUGGAAGCAUCAUACUCUCCUUCAUCCAUCCCGUGCGCCUGUUGCCAAUCGUGAGGAGCAGAAGGGCUGCGAAAAUCCAGCAAGUGUUAAACCUGAACCUGCUGGUACAUGUACCUCAACUGGGGCUGGGAGACGGGUGAUGGAAGGAGAAAAGGAUCAGCCUGGAGAGUGCCAUGCUGUGACAUCAAGGCAAGUGGCCUUGCGAGUGCUGCCAGUAAGGGUCAAACACAACGGCCAUGAGCUUGAGACUUGUGCUCUACUGGAUGAAGGCAGUGACGUUUCGCUGUGCGACGAGGAGCUGGCUGAGCAGCUUGGGAUCAGGGGUGAAAGGUUCAACUUCUCCCUGAAUACAGUUGGAGGAACAAGCAAGUAUCACGGCAUGGAGAUAAACCUAACAGUGAAGUCCAUCCAAAAUGAUGAAGAGCUGGACCUACCGAGAGUGAGGACUGUCCAAACCUUGCCUAUAUCAAGUAGCGUCUUCCCAAAUCAGAAGGAUGUGAAGAAAUGGAGACAUCUGGAUGGAAUUGAGUUCCCCCAAACUGACGGAAGGCCAGUUCAAGUCCUAAUCGGCGGAGAUGUCCCUGAAGCCUUUUGGGUGAUGGAAGAGAGGCGGGUUGGACGCAAGGAACCUUAUGCGGUGCGAUCACUCCUGGGAUGGACGCUCGUUAGUCCUACAUCACCCUCCUUCAAGCAGGGAGCAGGAAGUUUCAAUAUCAACCAUGCCAAGCUGCAAGACGACCAACUGCAACAGCAAGUGCAGAGAUUUUGGGAGGUAGAUUUUGGCGGAUCUAUCAUGGACAAUAAGCGUGGUGACUCUGUGGAGGAUCGGAGAGCGAGAUCCACCAUGGAGGAGUCUGCAAGGCUGAUUGAUGGGCACUACGAAAUAGGUCUACCAUGGCGAAGACGAAAUCCUGACUUGCCAGACAACCGGGCACUUGCUGAAACGAGGCUGGGUUCCCUUAAGAAACGCCUGCAGAAAGAUGAUGAGUUGCGUCAGCAGUACAAGGAAACCAUUGAUGGUUAUGUCCAAAGGGGAUAUGCAAGACCAGUGCCGGAAGAAGUACCAAAUGUCGAGGUGGGAAGGAAAUGGUAUUUGCCACAUCAUCCUGUAUUUCAUCCCCAAAAGCCAGGAAAGAUGAGAGUGGUAUUUGACUGCGCAGCAAGAUUCCGAGGUACAUCACUCAAUGAUAAUCUCCUACAGGGCCCAGACUUAACAAACAACCUGGUCGGUGUGCUGACUCGUUUCCGCCAUGAGACUGUUGCAUUAGUAGCAGACGUGGAGGCUAUGUUCCACCAGGUACGAGUUCCCGAGAGAGACUGCGAUGCCCUACGAUUUCUGUGGUGGCAGAGUCAUGACUUGUCCAAGGAUCCGACUGACUUCCAGAUGCUGGUUCAUUUGUUUGGGGCAACAUCCUCGCCCAGUUGUGCAGGAUUCGCUCUGAGGAAAACGGCAGAUGACUAUGGUGCUGAAUUUGGGGAGGCUGCCUCAGCAGUACGUGACAAUUUCUACGUCGAUGACCUUUUGGUGUCGGUGAGUUGUGCAGAAGCGGGUAUCAACCUGGCUAGACAGCUCAUUGAUCUGCUCAGCAAAGGUGGAUUUAGACUGAGGAAAUGGAUCAGCAAUAACCGGGAGGUUCUGUCUGCUAUUCCAGCAAGUGAGAGAGCCCCAUCUGUGUUGGAUCUGGAUUUGGGAGACUUACCAAUCGAGCGUACCCUUGGUAUACAUUGGAACGUACAGUCGGACACCUUUGCUUUCAAGACGGUUCUGAAGGAAAGGCCCACCACCCGGAGAGGCAUCCUAUCAAUUGUCAGCUCACUAUAUGACCCACUGGGGUUCCUAGCGCCUUUCAUCCUACCUGCCAAGAUUUUGCUUCAGGAUAUCUGA